AUGUUAUUUUUAUUAUUUUUAACGCUUUUGCUCUCUCUGUCACGCUGUAUUGAUGCUGAAACUAGGAAGGAAUUUUUAUUGGAAACGACAACCCUACCUUCGGAUCUGAACUUUAUGCCUUCGCUGUCGAACGGUCAUUUGGGCUUUACGGUUUUUGGUGAUGCGAUUUUUGUAAACGGUGUCUACAAUGGACAGAAAGGAAACAGUCGAAGAGCUCGGCUGCCAAAUUGGAUAAAUAUAAGUGCAACUAUAUACGAAGCAAACAACAGCAUACUGGAUCCAAUGCACAAUAACAUAACAUAUGUAAUGAAUUUGUCGGAUGGUUAUUUCCAAUGGUCAACAAACAUGACGGAUCGGGGAAUUGUGCUGCAACAAAGAGUAUACGCGCAUCGCUUCUAUAAUAGGGCUUUAAUUUAUGAAUUACUUGUGGAACGUCAAACUACUAAAGAAACUGUGACAAUUAAUCUUCAAUGUAAUCCUGGAUCUGAAACGGAUGCAUUCGACCUGGUCCCCAUGAAUGUAAAUGAGAACGAACAGAACAUCAAAGUUAUUAGAGCAACAACUAAAGAAGUAGAACACAAACUGUUCCAGCCCCAUAGCACCGAAGUGUACAUUGCAUUCAGUGACGAUUUACCAGAAAGACAACAACUUCUUAAAAUGGACAUCGGCCAAGAACGACUCCGUUACCGAUUCGCUGUUACCGUCGACAUAAACAAACAAGUAGCUCUCGAAGAGCUUCACGAAGUAAUGUCAAACCGGCAAGAAAAACUAUUUGAUAAACAUUGUUCCAACUGGCGAGCUUUUUGGAACAAUUUUAGUAUAGAUGUCAAGGGUCAUCUGGAAUUGUCGCAAAUUAUUAAUGCUGGCAUUUUCUAUAUGGCUAGCUCUUUGCCGUCCAUUGCUAGUAACAUGCCAAAUAAUCCAUACUUCGGUUUAAGUCCAACUGGUUUAGCCCGUGGUCAAUUAGAUGCCGAUUAUGAAGGACACAAUUUUUGGGAUACUGAAAUUUGGAUGUUGCCAGUUGUUACUCAAAUGCACAACGGUUGGUCUAAAGAACUAUUUAACUACAGACUUGACCAUCUACAUGGCGCUAUUUACAAUGCGAAUAUCACUGGCUUCGAGGGAGCAAGAUUUCCAUGGGAAAGCGCAUUUACUGGAACCGAAGUCACAAAUCCAUGUUGUCCCGAAGUGGCAAAACAAGAAAUUCACAUUUCUGCCGACAUUGUCAUAGCACUACAAGGAUUUUAUGAAACUACAUUUGAUCGCACUUGGUUAUGUAGCACGGCUUGGCCGUUAGCUUGUGAAAUUGCCACAUUUCUUGUCAGCCGAACGGAAUUCAAUCUGAAGACAAAUAAGUAUCACAUAUUAGAUGUUAUGGGCCCUGAUGAAGAUCAUGAACAUGUCGACGAUAACGUCUAUACAAACGUGGCUGUGCAGAAGGCUCUUAGAUUUGCCAGCUACGUUCAGUCACAGUGUUCAGCUAACUCAAAUCAUACAUCGGUGGAUUGGUUAGAUCUUGCCAACAACAUGUUUAUUUUGUAUGAUCCCGAAAACGAUUUUCAUCCCCAGUAUUCCGGCUAUAAAACUGGAGAACAAAUUAAACAAGCCGACACAAUUUUACUGGGCUAUCCUGUGCAUUUUGAGAUGAAUAAUUCUACUCGCCAUAAUGACCUGAAAUUGUAUGAGAAUGUAACCCGUCAAUCUGGUCCCGCCAUGACCUGGUCAAUGUUUGCUAUAAACUUUUUUGAAAUCGGUCUAAUGAACAAAGCUGAUUUUUAUUUUUUGAAAGGAUAUAGAAAAUAUGUACGACCAGAAUUUAAGGUGUGGAGCGAAACAGAAAUUGGCUUCAAUGGAUCGACAAAUUUUCUUACAGGCAUUGGAGGAUUUUUACAGUCCAUAAUCUUUGGUUAUGCGGGAAUCCAAUUUGAAAUGCGCGACAACAUUACACAAAUGUCAAUUCGAAAUCCAGCAACAUUGCCGGGAACUAACGAAUUAAACAUUUCAGGUUGGAAUAAUUAG